GGCGGGGGAACGAGAUGAGCAGCGCCGGCGCCGCUGCAAGAUGCUGGAUGGACACGUCCUGCUGGGAUGGCUCUCCUCCUGCGCGCUCCUAGGGCUGCUCGCCUGCGCCCCGCGGCCCUCCGCCGCCUACUUCGGGCUGACGGGGAACGAACCCCUGACCAUCCUCCCUCUGACCUCGGAAAUGGAGGAGGCGGCCGUCAAGGCCCACUACAAGGUGUGUGACCGCCUGAAGCUGGAGAAGAAGCAGCGGCGGAUGUGCCGGCGCGACCCCGGCGUGGCCGAGACCCUGAUGGAGGCCAUCAGCAUGAGCGCCCUGGAGUGCCAGUACCAGUUCCGCUUCGAGCGCUGGAACUGCACCCUCGAGGGCCGCUACCGCGCCAGCCUCCUCAAGAGAGGUUUUAAGGAGACAGCCUUCCUGUACGCCAUCUCCUCGGCAGGGCUGACCCACGCCAUGGCCAAGGCAUGCAGCGCGGGGCGCAUGGAGCGCUGCACCUGCGACGAGGCCCCCGACCUGGAGAACAGGGAGGCCUGGCAGUGGGGAGGCUGUGGGGACAACCUCAAGUACAGCAACAAGUUCGUCAAGGAGUUCCUGGGGAGGAAGCCCAACAAGGACCUGCGAGCCAGGGUGGACUUCCACAACAACCUGGUGGGCAUGAAGGUCAUCAAAGCUGGCGUGGAGACCACCUGCAAAUGCCACGGCGUGUCUGGAUCCUGCACCGUCAGAACGUGCUGGAGGCAGCUCUCCCCCUUCCACGAGAUCGGGAAGCAGCUGAAGCAGAAGUACGAGACCUCGCUCAAGGUGGGCAGCACCACCAACGAGGCCACGGGGGAAGGCGACAUUUCCCCCCCUAAAAAAUCCAUCCCCGGCCACAGCGAUCAAAUCCCAAGGACUACGGAUCUCGUCUACAUUGACGACUCCCCGAGCUUCUGCCUGAUGAGUCGGUAUUCCCCCGGGACCUCGGGACGGAAGUGUUACAAGGACAAGAACUGCGACAGCAUCUGCUGCGGCCGGGGCCACAACACGCAGAGCCGGGUGGUGACGCGCCCGUGCCAGUGCCAGGUGCGUUGGUGCUGCUACGUGGAGUGCAAGCAGUGCACCCAGAGAGAGGAGGUUUACACCUGCAAGGACUGACACAACCUGCGGCUUCUGCUGCACGGCCGCCCCCGGGGAUGGGCCAGCUUGGAGAACUGCCUAUGGAGACAAACAGGGUUUGAUUGACCUUCUGGCAUCUGGAAGCUAUGUUGAGACAUGAGCACUUUGUAGGGUACAGGUGACCCAGCUGUGUUGCUGUUUUGUUUUGGGGUUUUUUGUUUUGUUUUUUGUUUUGUUUAUCCUAUAGACUGAAUUUUCAUGAGGUCCAACCGUGUGGAAAUAAGUGCCUGUCACACUGGGGUUAGACACCAGUUGACCUUCACCUUCGUCGUCUACGUAGUUUGACGGAUCAUUUCUCCUUGGAACGUUGUUUCAGCCAUCCUCCAUGAACUCCUGGGCUAAGAGAUUCCCUUUGGCAUGAAUAUCCUGUACUUCUUUAUUCCUGGAGCUCACCCAUCUGCUUAGAGAGCUGAUACAAAAGAUCUUUCCACUCUUGAGUGCGGUGGUGCCGGAAGCGGACAUUUAUUUCUCCUAAAACUGGAGAGGGAUUUGUAGGGAAUGAUAGGUUCUUCCAGUGGAGUUUCUGCACAUGGAGCAAACCAGGCUCUGACAAAGAGACCCACUGGGAGCGUCAGCUCUUUAAUGACAGCUCCGGAUCCAUGUGCAUCGUCACCACGUACAGCUUGGAAACGUUGGGUCCACCACGCUGCAGACAGAAAUAGAUCCAAGAAAGAGGUUGGGAAGACAGCAGAACACCAGAUGUGCCUGUCCCCUUCAGUCCAGUCCCGUUCUUUAUUUAAAACAAUUCACCCAAAUGCAGGCUCUUUAGCACUAUCGCUGUCUUAAAUUUAAAUUUUUUUUUAAACCACUAGAUACUUGUUUCAUUUUCACUUCGCGCAUGAUUUAUUUUUCUCUCCUCUUCCCACCUCUUGCUGAUGGAGGUCAACCUGUGGUAACUGCUUCAGAAAUCCCAACUGGAACUUGUUGAGUCUUAUGCCAGCUGAAUUUUGACGUGUUUCUCUUGAGUAGGACAAGAGGAAUCCGAGUGCCUCUUGGAAGCCGGGGCUGUCUUGCCUUGUGGAGCAGCCAUUUUGGCCUGGAUCAGACCUCUGGAGGAGUUGACUUUUCUUUCCUAGGUCAUCAUUCCA